AACCGCAUUAUCAGGUAUAUUUUGUUUUUACUUUAAAAUGGGAAAUUCUAUGAAUAUAACAAAUACCUCAGAUACAACUAUCAGAGUUCUUGUCGCACCAGAUCCUGAAUGGAAAAUUUCUGAUAUAUUUGUCGGAGCAAACUCUUUUACCGUUGGAAAAUAUCAAGAAAUUCAUACUCUAAAAGACCUUUGGACUGUAUGGAACAAUAUAAUCGGACUUAAAGACUUUGAAAACAAUUACGACAUUGUGUCGCAAGUCAAAUCGCUUUUUGAUAAAUAUGGAAUACAGGUCGGGCCAGGAAAGAUGUGUAAAAUGUAUGAUUCUGAAGUUUUAAAUGUGGUUGAUGACAUCAAACCAGAAGCCUGGUCUGCAAUGAAGGACACUCUAGAGGUCGCUGUUGCAGUUUUUGUUGAUGAUUGUAACGGUAAUUCAAAGCUUGUUUAUUAUGAAUCAGCAAGUAACUUAUCUUGGAAAGUUUACAACAAGUAUAUAACGCGAAUCAUACAUGGCACAAUGUGGGAAGAUGGGACAAACUAUCAUGACUUCAAAAAGAUGAUACAGAAGUAAAAAAAAAGAUGUCUGAUGCAUUGAUAUCUGGUACUCUCAAUUAACUCGUAAUAAAAAGAACAAUUAACAGUUUACAUGGUAUAGACAAAUGCUUUUAAUGCGAUCUUUGGAGAUAUUAGACUAGAGCAAAACAACUUGCUAUUUUAUUUAUUUGUUUAUUUUAGAUUGUUGUUUUGAUCUGAAUAUAAUCGUUUUGGUUGACACCAAUUAAUAUUCAUUAGAGAUUCAUGCACAGAGGCAGAUUUAGAGGGAUCCAGCUCCUUAGCUUUUUUCUCGGAAAAAUGGUUGAUUAUAGAGGGAAUCACUGAAGCUUGGCUGGAGCGGGGCCCCCUCUUAGGCAGUCAAUGGGCCACCACUUAUGAAAAUUUCUGGAUCCGCCACUGAUACACUUGUGUAUAGUGUCUAUUUUGUGUUUUUAAACAUGAUUGAUUUUGUUAUAUUUUCUUUACUUUCUUCGGGUUUUUUAAAUGGUUAUUUGUUCUUCAUUGAACAUCAAAAUAAUUUGCUGAAUAUGUAGUAAAUGUACCACCAUUGCGAGGGGAUAUAUGAUUCAAUUUCUUGUAUAUUCAGGACAAUUGUUUGUGUUGUCGUAGACCGAUUAUUUCAUUAAGAUGACUGUCCUAAGUCAGUGAUCUA